CAUCCGUUCCUCUUACCGUCAUCGCCAAGGAUUUCUGUCUACCGUCGGCGGUCGUUCUCCGUCUCUUUUGACAACACUUGAUAUGGGAAAGAAUACGUGGGGAUUCAGAGUACCAACAAAACUUGAGGCUAGGCAGACGAGAAUCGGGUCUUGCCCACCUUCGGUUCGAUUCAAGUGCUCAACCCCUUGCUCGAUGUCCGACAAUCUUCACGGCAAGUCUAUCUCUCUGAUUUACAGUCAUGCGCUUCUGUGCGCUAAUCAGGCAUGCUUAACAUCGCCUCCGUAAUUUAUAAAUGCGCCGCGUUUGCUUUGGGUACACAACAUCGCAGCACAGUUGCAUCUUACCUUGAAGUAUGAGUUCUCAAGCCAGGGACGCUUGCGGAAGUGCAAAGCGUAGAUUACCGGACAUUGAAGAUAUUGCAUCAAAUGCAAAUCGGAGGACCAGGACACUCGAAGACGAAGCAUCACUGGCGCAGGGAGCAGGUAAGGAGGACGUGAACGCGAAAGCACCGCCUCACGAGCAGAAGCGUGGAGGUUCAGUUUCCAUGCAUCCUGACAUUAUGCACGGAGAUCAUUCAGAGAAGGAGAAAGCCUUCAUGGCCGCUCUCUCUGAGCUCAAAACGAGAGAGGUGGAUUGGGCCUUGUGUUUGACAAAUAUUAUAAAAGUCGACCGCGAAAUCCAAACCAGAGAGGCAGAACUUUUUGGAGCUCUGACGGCACUCGAGAGAGCAAAGGCUGACAGCAAUUUACGCCUCACAAGACAUGAGGAGAGGCUCACAACGUUGAGAUUGAAAAGGGAAGCCAUGGAGAAAGAUCUGGCCGAAAUACGUUCGGAGCGCCGAUGUCAGCAAGACGUCAGGGUCAAGGAGUUGGAGCGUACCAGUGAUGCGCAUUUCGCACGAAUUCUCGAGCUGGAGGCAAAACUGGAGAGCAGCGAACGCUCGGCCGCUCAGGACUUAGAAGCAGAGAGAGAGAAGCGAAUUUGUCGAAUAUGUAUGUCCAAUUCUCGAAAUGCUCUGGUGCUGCCGUGCAUGCAUUUCCUAUACUGCACUGAUUGCUUGCACACUCACCAGAAAACAUGCAAAGAGUGCCCAACCUGCAGAGGUCCGAUCUCUGCUUUGAUUCACUGCAAACUCAACUUGGACGACUGAUCAUGAUAUGACCUGCCUCAUGUUGCAAUUUCUUGGUUGAAAAAGUGAUGGAGAUAUUCCCAUUGUCAGGUUCAAAACUAUCAUCUUCUCCUAGUAUAUUAUAUCAAACUGGGAGCACUAUUGUGGUUUAGACGACAAAGUAGGAUGUUACGGUGGAAAAUCUCCCAGCUCGGAGGUUUCGAGUUGUUAAAUGUACUGUUUUCUACGUGUUGGCAUUGUGAAAGCGAUCGCUAUAUAUACUCUCAUAAACUCUCGUGAUAGCUUGAGACUUUGGCAUUCCAAAUUGACAGUGUCAAGAGUUAAUGUGUUGGCAUUGUGAAAGCGAUCGCUAUAUAUACUCUCAUAAACUCUCGUGAUAGCUUGAGACUUUGGCAUUCCAAAUUGACAGUGUCAAGAGUUAAUAUGUUGUGUA